ACACCUGCAAAACAAAAGAAAACAGCUAAGCAAGCGACCACCAUUAUACCACAUUAAAUACAGUUGUAUGGUCAAGUACCACUCCUCAGCGUAUUAUUAAAUCAUAACUUACUACCACUAGGACUGUGAGAAUAGUUUUACAGGCACAGAGGAAAGUUGAUUUUGUUCGAGAAGCAUUCCAGUUAGCAAACUCAAAUCCACCAAAAAGUCGACGAGUCAUGCAAGAUUACACGCCCUAAACUUGCCUUGUGUGUGUAAAACAUGAGCAAAUACAUAGUUGGAAUGGAAUUAAAGUUUUGAAAUGAAAAGGCAUUUCACUUUUACUUACAUGGCCUUCCUACGAUCGUGUAAGAAAGAAGCUACAUCUUCAUUGAUAUCACGCCAGUUUUAAUUUGGUCAUGUGACCGACAAACAGGAAGUCACGCCUACUCCGAUGUCCAGACCUCUUAUUGGACCAAAUAUGCCAGCGCAGCAUGCUAUUGGUUACUACUUUCAUGUCGUCAUUCUCGAGGAAAUGAACACAUUAAAUCAAAAAAGACAAAACACAUUAAAUCAACACAUAAAAACCAAAGAGUCUUAAGAAUAAUAUUGUUUUAUUGAAUACAUAUUUUAUUUGUAUCUUUCAAAAUUAGUUUUUGCGGUGAAUGCCUUUUCAUGAAAGAGAUUGAACUGUGAAAAUCAAGUAAAUUAAUUUCUAAAUGUGUAUUUGGUAUAGAUUACAUGCCAGAUGUAAUAGUAAUGGCUGACUUUACUCGCUCAGCUGAGUCGGCUGCCACACUAAAUAUUGACGACAACUUCAUCUUGUGAUGCCAUGUGAAAUGGCAAAAAGGGAUCAAGAGAGGGACUUGGAGUUAGACAAAAAGAUUGAGGCUCUCCGCAGGAAGAAUGAAGCGCUCAUGAAGAGAUACAAGGAGGUGGAAGAAGACAAGAAACGGGCAGAAGAGGAAGGGAUGGCCGUGCAGAGCCGAAGGGUCAAAGCUGACGACCUCACAAUCACAAUCAACAAGUCCGCCUGUGAAAGUCGCAUGGUGGUGACCAAGUCCUUCAACAGCGGCUCCACAAAUGGUAAUGGACACCAGCAUGCAGGAGCAGGCCGAGGAGAAGAAAUUGCUUUGCAGGGUGCAGACAGAGGAGUCCAGAAGCAGCUAAUUGUCACGAUGGCUGGCAAAAAGGGUAAGAGGGUGGUGAGUGAGAAAAGGCCAGACCACCCCUCAGAUGUCAAGAGCCCGACCGAUGAGGUACCAGCUGGAAGUGUGGAGGCGGCGGGGAGGGGAAAACAACCACGUCACAUGACCAAGAAGGACAUGCCAGCACAGGGUGACUUCAAACAAGAGCAGAAACACACUGAGGAUGAUUGCCAGAAGCUGGAAAGCCAAGGGGACAUCACAGACUUCAGCACCCCCACUUCGAAGGAGGAGCAGGAGGAGUACUUGCGAUGGAAAAAUGAGCGCGAGCAGAUUGACAAGGAGAGAGUGGCACGUCAUAAGAACGCUAAAGGCCAGUGGAGGCGGGCUUGGGACAUGGACAAAACAGAUAACAUGUUUUCAGACAAGUCCCACCCAGACAGAGAUUGGGGUCCUCCAAACAGAGGAGGACGGAAUGCCAGAAGAGGACAGCACAGGUCUGGUGCUGACACAAGAGGUCAGGAGAAGCGAGGCAAAGACAAGACAUCUGAAAACGUACAAGUGAUGAGCAGUAACGCAAAAGGCAAAGAUCGUCUGACAGGGAGGGCCAGAAGAUGGCAAGUUCAAGAAGAAGGAGACAAUUUAGAGACUUCAGAGACACUACUGGAGGAAUUCUUGGAGGAACUAGAUGCCCUUACAGACACUGAGGCAAAAGAGCAGAAAGAGCAGAAUUCCCAUGGAUCCACAGGUUCUAUGGCUUCCUUGAGAGCAGACACCCCAUUGCAGCAAAAAGCAGAAGCAUCAGCCCCUCUGGCUUCGGAGAAGAGAGUCCGCUUCUCCGAGGAGCUCAUCCAGGGGGCUCGAACAAAGCAAAACAUAGGCUCUCAGCAUCUUGCCAACUGCGAAUCAAGUCCAAGCUCCUUAAAAGCUUCUCGGCAGAAAAAAAUCAAACAUGAAACGCCACGGCAGCGUCUGGAAAGUGCCAAGAAGGAUGAAGGUAGUCCUGGUCAGCAGAAGACCUCUGAAAGUGAAUGUACUAAAAAAGACAUCAAUACCCCCGCGGGCGCAUGCUGCCCCCCUGCCGAGAAGGCCUGUGCUUCUCUACUGGAGACUUCUGUCCAGCCUGUGGAGCUCGCCAAGUGCAACACAAUCACAGAGGAACUUAUCGACUCGCGCGUGUGUGUCUUGAGCAUGGAAUCAGGAGAAGCCCACGCGGCACACUCGAGCAGCAGCAGCGACAAGGCAAGAGAGAACGGGAAGAUUGUUUGACACCGUCAGGAAGCAAAUACUGAAAGACUCAGCAAUUGUGUUGGAGACAGCAUGCCACACUCGUUUCAGCCGGCAUUUGGACGGCGUUUCGGCGAGCUGCUCCAUCCGAGUAUAAAAGCGAAUGUGCUGACACAUCAUUUCCUGUGCGUUGGUGUGCAUCUUGAAUGUAAUAUCACAGGAUAGUUACAUGUGUAGUGUGAAGGCUGCACGUGUAACAUACAAGGGGAUGUGGGGGCUUCAAAUGAAGCGUCUGACAUGGUCUAUUUGUUCAGUGCCUGAUUUUGCCUUAGGGGUGUUUUUUAGAAAUGGCAAAAAACUCAGUUUAGGUGAAUGAACAAAAACGAAAACUCGAGUAGAGUGUGCAGAUUUGCACUUAGUGUAGGUAAGCUAUUAGCAGCUGCUUGCAGCAUCAGUCGAUGGCCUUAUGUAACUCAUACGCUCAUACACAUUCAUCAUUAAUGGCAUAUGACAUCAUUUUUUAACAAUGCACUCAAAUGUAAAACUAAACUACUGACAUUUUUGUGGCAUUUUUGCAAGCAGCUCUUUGAUGCACGCCACAUUUGCUGCAGGGCAUACUUAAGCCAUUAUGUAUAUUUAGUUGACCUAAUCAUGUGAGCCAACAAAAGAAUAUGUUAGUAAUAGACGCACUUUCUGGCCUCUAGUUGGUAUUCUUACGCACUUCAAAAAUACUACUUUGCACAUUUGUACGGUAAGAUUCAAAUCAUACCUUCAAAACAAAAAUGUUUGCACUCGUGGUUUGUUUCUAUGUCACUUACAUGGCCAGUCCAUGGGUAGGACACUUGCCCAGUUGUUGACUUCUCCGCUGAGGAGUUGAGGGACUCAUUUGAUAUGAUGGAAAUAAAUGAACCAUGUCCAUGAGGGUUUUGUAUGUUGAUAGGGAUUACAAGAAAUAUUUAAAAAAAAAAGCAUCCUCAUUGAGAAUGUUGUGCCUUGUAUUUUGGGUUUGUCAAAUAAACAUCAAACAUUAGCAAA